CAAAGCCUUGUCCUGUCGCUGGUCUGUUAGAGCGGAGGAAGCCUUCACACGCACGCACGCACGCAGAGUGUGGGCGUGACUGUGGUGCUUUUAUACUGGUCAUUCCAGCCGGGUUAAAAGAAGAAGCAAACAUCAAACUGCUGCAAACAUGCCGAUGUUCGUUGUGAAAACCAAUGUCAGCAAAGAUGCUGUGUCUCCGUCUCUGUUGUCAGAAGCCACGCAGGAACUGUCGAAAGCAAUGGGGAAACCUGUACAGUACAUCGCGGUGCACAUCGCUACGGAUCAGAUGAUGAUGUUUGGAGGAAAACCCGAUCCCUGCGCUCUGUGCUCUCUGCACAGCAUUGGGAAGAUCUCUGGGCAGGAGAACAAGGUGUAUUCCAAGCUGCUGUGCGGUCUGAUCAACAAGCACCUCGGCAUCUCUGUGGACAGGAUCUACAUUAAUUUUGUUGAGAUGGAUGCCAAAAAUGUGGGCUGGAGCAACUCCACGUUUGGUUGAAAGAGUAUUACUCUCAGAAGGACCAAGAUGACAAUCUUUCCAUUCCUGCUUACAGCGGCUGUACCAGAGCUUGUUAGUGUGAGGAUUCCCUGCUUAGAACUGGUGGAGUCCAAAGAGCCCACUGUGUUGCUUGCUUAGGCAUUGAAUAAAAUAAAAAGCAAUCAA